GCUAACGGGCUCCCCACCCGGGGCCGGCUUCCAGUGUCCGGCUGGCCCCGCCCACUCCAGGAAGUUCAGUUACUUCCGCCGCAGUCCCGCCCAGGCCACGCCCCCCGCGCCUGGGCGCCUGACACCUUGGUACCGGGGUGAUUGUUACGUCUGGGUAGGGAACUCUGGAAGGUCUUACUUACCCCGGCAAACUCUGCCGUUCCCGCUGGUCCCCCGAAAGAUGACGGCGCCCUGCUUGCUGUGGCCCACAGGUCCCGGCCGACCCGGGGGGCGCUCUUCUUCAUGGUGCUGCUUUGUAAUCCUUUUGGUGGUCCCAGGGCUACUGCUACCCAUGCCUUCUGAUGCCUGUGACCCUCCGCGUUACAUCACUAUGAGGCCAACCGUUUUUAAAAAUAGUUAUAGUCCUGGGGAAACAAUUGAAUUUCAGUGUCGCCCAGGAUACAAGCGUAUUUUACCUUAUCUUCCCAUGUCUUCUGUUUGUAACCCUAAUAACACAUGGACACCUCUCCAGGAAGCUUGUACAAAGAAAUCAUGUACACAUCCAGGAGAUCCCAUAAAUGGCCAUGUAAUCAGCAUAAAUGGAAGUUUUCUCUUUGGAUCACAGGUUCACUAUGCUUGUAAUGAGGGUUAUCGAUUAAUUGGAGCAAAAGUUCUUUAUUGUGAACUUUCUAAUAUUGACAAUAAUGCAGUGGCGUGGAGUGAUAAUCCCCCCAUAUGUAAUAAGAUAUUGUGUCAACCACCUGGAGAAAUAGCAAAUGGGAAAUAUAGCAUUAGCAAGGAGGAAUAUGAAUAUAAUGAAGUGGUAACUUACAGAUGUGAUCAGUCAACUGGACCAGAUCCAUAUUCACUUAUUGGAGAGAACAGACUUGUUUGUACUGGGAAUGGCGACUGGAGUAGUAGCCCUCCUGUGUGUAAAGUGGUCAAGUGUCCACAUCCUGAGCCCCUCAAUGGAAAGCUGGAAUCAGGCUUUGGAACGAAGUACUACUACAAGGCAACAGUUGUGUUUUCGUGCUUCCCGGGUUACACCUAUAACGGAACCAACAUAGUCGUCUGUGGCAGCGAGGGUACUUGGGAGCCAGCAACCCCAAUGUGUUAUAAAGUGUCGACUCCUCCUCCCAGUACAAACCCUCCAAUUCCGAGUGUCUCAGUGUCGACUACUUCUCCCAGUACAAACCCUCCAAUUCCGAGUGUCUCAGAAUCUGAGCUUCCACGUACGACCACGACUCCGGGUUCAAGCCAUCCAGGAGCUCCCCCUACCAGCACACCACCCACAGACGGGAGUACUCUAGGCAAAGGAUUCAUUGCUCUGAUUGUGAUUGCUGUUCGUUGCAGUAAAACUGUUGGGGUUGCUGACAGGGGAAAAAUGAAGCUAGCGCCACAUACAGCACUUACCAGGAUAAAUCAGCUUCGGCAGAAUAAACACAGUAAAUGGUUUCCACACACUGUAUCUGGUGAUUCUAUUAGAAUGUUGAGUUGUGCAGUAAAUUCAUACAGCCUCUAUGGGAAACAUUACACCCCUUCCUCAAAAAACUAAAAACCGAACUAACAAAUGAUUUAGCAAUUCCACUUGUGGGUAUCCAUCCAGAGGAAGCAAACAAACAAGCAAAACCCUGCAGCUCUGUGUUCUCUGCCUGCGGCAUUAUUUACAAGAGCCGGGACUCGGAUGCCGACCUCACUGCCCCUGGACGGACGCACUGUUAAGGAAAACAUUGUAGACCGAUAAGGUGGCAGACCAUUCACUCCUAAAAGAGAAGGAAAUCUUGCUGUUGACAAAAUGUAUGGACCUUCAGGCAUUUUGCUAAGGGAAAGAAGUAUAAGGAAGAGGGACAAAUACUGUAUGAUCUCACUUAUUUAUAGAAUCUAAAAACAACAAAAACAAAAAAAACCCUGGAAACGAAUCAGAUUGGUGGCUGCUGGGGGAGGGGGGGGAGGGGGCGGAUUUGGCUAAAGGUGGUCAAAAGGGACAAACUUCCAGAUCUAAGACUUAACAAGUGCUUGAUGUAAUAUCAUACAGUCUGCUGUUGGUGCUGUAGUAUUCUGGAAGGUUGCUGAGCAGGAAGACAUCUUUAAAAUCAAAGUAAUGGAUGUGAGCUAAAUUUAUUGUAACCAUUUCAUAGUGUAUAUACAUUGUCAAAUCAUGCCGUAUACCUUAUACACAAUGUUACAUGUCCAUUAAUAAAACUAGAGGGGGGGAAGGAUCCAUAAAACUCAUUCUCUAGUUUUCCCCCCCACUUUCAUGAAUGCAACUGUUAAUUAAGCCAUAAUCCUAGCAUUUUAAUGUGCUUUGAAUAUAGUCACCAUCUUUUGAUGCUUCUUUGAACUGUCUGUGCAUUUGGGUGUGAACAUCUGGCCUGUUUUCCCUUAAAUAACACUUGCAUUUAUAGGGCAGCCCAAUCCAAUAUCCCCCGUAGUAUUUAGGUGGGGAAAUUAUUUUUUUAAAAUGACAUUUCCAAAUUUAGAGAACCAUAAUGAAAAAUAAAUUACACUUCAUUUGUAAAGAAAGUGACUUUGAAAUCUUUUUUGUAAAAAGAUUAUGGGAAGUCUUAAGGUUCAUUCUCUCAACAACUCUAAAACGUGUUUUACAUAUAGUUCAGUGUAAAAAGUCUUUCAAAUAUGUGUAUGCCACUUUGGCCCUUCACAUUAAAAACAGUAAUGCUGAAAACUGAGAUUUUGAACAAGUUAGACUUCCUUCACUAAGAAUAUUAUUAGAAAACAUUCAAAAUAAAUAGGGUCACAUUCUAUGUAUUUUUAACUACUUGUAAUUUCUUGGUGACUUACGGAAGCUAUAAAGUUUAUGACCUUUGUUCUUCACUUUUUCAAACGUCAGUAAACAGUCUGUCUGAGAAAUCAGUUAGGAAUUCAGAAUCCGUUGGAAACUCCUGAACAACGUUGGAGAUCUCUCACACCCUUAACAGUCCCACCAGCGGGUACAGAGUACACCUGUGGCCUGUAGUUUUCUUUAAGAACAUUCUGUUCUUUAAGAAAGUUCGAUUCCACUCUAAAUUCCAGCCAUCGGCGAUUUCCCCCGUACUUGAGUAAGAAGAUGUCUGGUUUAAACAACAUCAUGUGACAGUAGUGAGUUUGGCAAGAGUAUCUCCAUCGAUAACCUCAGGUUGUAUCAGAAUCUGAGUUCUUAUGUGCAUCUCACCUUCCCUGCUAAAAGCUGAGUAAAAAUUAAGCCACAUUAUUUCAGGAAAGGAAACCGUGUCUGCUAUCGGCCGACAAAGCGAGCCACUGUGGUAGCCCCUGGGGCUCAGGUGGAACUGACCUUGACCUGAGUCCUUACACCAGGCCCGGGUCUCUUUCAAAGAAGCCACGGGGCAGAGAGGAGGGAUGGCCGCUCAAAUUCAGAUUCCAGUUUUACAAAUUUUGUUUUGCACUUUUGUAUUUAGUGACACAAAUUAGACCAAAGAAAUGUUACCUUGAGAAGGGUAUGAUUGGGAAGCAUGUUUUACAAGUAUUGUUUUACAGAUAAAGCAGGUUUAUGAUGCACUGUAGGUGUCCCCUCCCUGAGGGAUCUGGUGAGGUGCUUUGGGAGGAUAACGCUUGAGCAGAAAGAAACAGGAAUUCUGAAUUAAGUACGGAGUUGAAGUUCUCCUGUACCCAUCUUCACAUACUUUUCAGGGAUGCUGCACUUUCUCAGAAGCAAGAGAUGGCCGUACUGUUGAUUUUUAACAAGCUGAAUUGACUCUUUUUCCACCAAAGAUUGUCAUGCUAUCGUUAUGUUUUUUUUCCAAAACAGACUUUUAUAGUGGUUUCUGCUUCAAAUUUAGUUUAUUUUUUAUAUUUAUAUGAAAUUGCUGCAUAUAUGUAAAUAUAAAUUGUUUUUCAAGUAAUGGCAAUCAUAUGCCAUAAUAUAUAUAUAUAUAUAUAUGGGAAAACUUAAAAUGAAAAUUUUCUGUAAUGACGUGGAAAGCAGCAUAUGUAAAGAUUUGCUAAAACCAGAAGAAUGCAUUUGCAGUGAAAUGAGAAGUCCCGUGCAUGGGGGUCUUUACUGUUCACAUUUUGAAAAUUGGAUCUUCAAAUGUUGUAAAAAAAUAAAGUGUAACACUGGAGAAUUUUCA